AUGUUUUACCGGUCACGUGUUCCUCGGUUCCUCAAAGGAUCAAAGAUCAACCGUUUACCGGAACUGAGCGGGACGUCCACCUUCUCCCGGGGGUCCAGCGUCUUAUACCCGGGAUCCAGUGUCUUCUCCCCGGGAUCCAGCCUCUUCUCCCCGGGCUGCAGUGUCUCCUCCCCGGGCUCCAGCGUCUUCUCCCCGGGCUCCAGCGUCUCCUCCCCGGGCUCCACCGUCUUAUACACGGGAUCCAGCCUCUUCUCCCCGGGCUCCAGCGUCUCCUCCCGGGGGUCCACCAUCUUCUCCCCGGGCUCCAGCGUCUUCUCCCGGGGCUUCACCAUCUUCUCCCGGGGCUCCAGCCUCUUCUCCCGGGGCUCCAGCCUCUCCUCCCCGGGCUCCAGCCUCUCCUCCCCGGGCUCCAGCCUCUUCUCCCGGGGGUCCACCGUCCUCUCCCCGGGAUCCAGCCUCUUCUCCCCGGGCUCCAGCGUCUUCUCCCCGGGCUCCAGCGUCUUCUCCCCGGGCUCCAGCCUCUUCUCCCCGGGCUCCACAGUCUUAUACCCGGGAUCCAGCCUCUUCUCCCCGGGAUCCAGCCUCUUCUCCCCGGGCUCCAGCGUCUCCUCCCCGGGCUCCAGCCUCUUCUCCCCGGGCUCCACAGUCUUAUACCGGGGAUCCAGCGUCUUCUCCCCGGGCUCCAGCCUCUUCUCCCCGGGCUCCACCGUCUCCUCCCGGGGCUUCACCAACUUCUCCCGGGGAUCCAGCGUCUUCUCCCCGGGAUCCAGCCUCUCCUCCCCGGGCUCCAGCCUCUUCUCCCCGGGAUCCAGCGUCUCCUCCCCGGGAUCCAGCCUCUUCUCCCCGGGCUCCAGCCUCUUCUCCCGGCCCUUCACCAUCAUCUCCCCGGGCUCCAGCGUCUCCUCCCCGGGCUCAAUCCUCUUCUCCCCGGGAUCCAGCCUCUUCUCCCCGGGAUCCAGCCUCUCCUCCCGGGGCUUCACCAUCUUCUCCCGGGGCUCCAGCCUCUCCUCCCCGGGCUCCAGCCUCUUCACCGCCGGGUCAAGACGUUUCUCAUCGAGCCCACAAAUGCCCCAGAAGCAGAAAAGCGUGAAGAACCAGGUGAAGGCCCAGGUGAAGAACCAGGUGAAGAACCAGGUGAAGGCCCAGCAGCCCGGAGCAGAGCCCGAGGCCUCCGGUCCGGUGGUUCGAGACCGGCUCGGUGGCCUCACCAUCACGGUGCACGCCAAGCCCGGCGCCAAGCACAGCGCCAUCACAGACGUGUCCGAGGAGGCGGUGGGAGUUUCCAUCGCUGCCCCCCCCACGGACGGAGAAGCCAACACUGAGCUGAUUCGCUUCCUGGCUCAAGUUCUGGACCUGAAGAGAAGUCACCUGUCUCUCCACAAGGGCUCCAGGUCCAGGGACAAGCUGGUCCGAGUGGACUCGUCCCUCAGUGUGGAGGAGGUGUUGAGGAGGCUCAGAGGAGACGCACACACGUGACCUGUAAUAAGAAGUGGUUUCACAGCUGGACCAGAGGGACGCCGGAGCAUCACCAUGACGACGGGAUGCGUGUGAACGUCUGAUGUGUCACAUGAUUAAAUCAACUGCUGAGGAAGAUUAAACAGAUUCUGAGCUGAAGGAUUAAAUAUUAAACAUGU